UGAAAGUGCUUCCUGCACUGCCUGCUCUUCUUCCUAAAAUACCUGUGUAUCUGCGUGAUGCAUGCUUUUUUCUCACUAGACAAUGAACGACUGGGCGCCCAUAGCGAAGGAGUAUGACCCCCUCAAAGCCGGGAGCAUCGAUGGCACAGAUGAAGAGCCCCACGACCGUGCCAUUUGGAGGGCUAUGUUGGCACGCUACGUACCCAACAAGGGAGUUACAGGAGAUCCUCACCUCACCCUGUUCGUAGCAAGGCUCAAUCUUCAGACAACAGAAGAGAAGUUAAAGGAGGUCUUUUCCCGGUAUGGAGACAUCAGAAAGAUCCGUCUGGUUCGAGACCUGGUGACAGGAUUUUCCAAGGGUUACGCGUUUAUUGAAUACAAAGAGGAGCGUGCUCUCCUGAAGGCCCACAGAGAUGCCAACCGGCUGGUUAUUGAUCAGCAUGAGAUCUUUGUAGACUUUGAACUGGAAAGAACUCUCAAAGGAUGGAUUCCUCGGAGGCUUGGGGGUGGUUUUGGAGGCAAAAAAGAAUCCGGGCAGCUACGGUUUGGAGGACGGGACAGACCUUUCCGAAAGCCCAUCAAUUUGCCAAACAUGAAAAAUGAUUUCUACGGAGAAGGAUCAGCAGAGAAAAGAAACUGGUCUCGUGAAGGAACAAGGGACUGGAGAACAAGGGACCGAGACCAUGAAAGGAGCAGAGACAAGCGAUGGCCAGAAAGGGAGCGGUCAUGGGCUUGGGGUGAAAGUGAGAGAGAGAGGGACUCCAAAGAGGAGAGGAGCAGAGGGAGGGAGAGGAAGGACAGAGACAGGAAGGACAGGGACAGAGACCGGAGCAGGGGAAGAGACACCAAGAAACAAAGGGACGAUGAUAAGCAUCGAUAGGUGACCGUGCGUUGUCGUCGGGG